AUGAAUGGUUUAGGUGAACCAGACCACUCCAAUGAACUGGAGGCUCUGAUAUCUAAACAGUUGAGCAGUGGCAACAGCGUGAAACUGGUUUCGUUGGAACUGGAGUCUCUUACUACUUCGACUAUUGUUGCAUUGAAACCAGUAGAGAGGCUGUCACUGAGAAAGAACAGUUUAACUACUCUACCUUCAAGUUUUGCCGAUUUAAAGAAUCUACGGUACUUGGACCUCAACUGUAACAACUUCAGAGAGAUACCUGUUUCGCUCUAUGGCUGUCCCAAGCUAGAGAUACUGGACCUUUCAUCAAACAAAAUCAAGUCCCUGCCCGAUGAUAUACCGCCAGUGUGGACCAAACAUUUGAAGGUGCUGUCUUUGAAGAAUAACAGAAUAGUCUCCAUUUGGGAUCUCAGAAAUGUAGUCCGAUUGCAAAAGUUGGAGAUGCUCGAUAUCGAUGGUAACAACAUCCCUACAGAUGAACUGGAACUUGUUCAGAAGUAUACACCGACAAAUGCGAGUAUUCCAAGGGACGAAUAUUGGGCCCUAGCACUACAACGGUACUUUGAGGAUCAUCCAGAACAGAUUCAUUCACACCAACAACAGUCCGCAACUUCGAUACCUACAACUGCAAAUAAUCCCAACAAUGGGGUUACCACCAAUCUUUCCUCUUUACACCAGGAGAAGUUUAGCAAAGCAUCAAAGAGAAUGGGUUUCAUCAGUACGGGCUCCCCAAACUCGGGACAAGGGACAAGCACCGCUAACAACGAAAUCAUGUCUACCAGUAACCCUGAACUAGAGAACGAAACCAGCGGCAGCACUGAACUCUAUAACCACACCAAAUACAACGACUAUUUCAAAAGAUUGUCGGUACUUUCCGAAGAGUCUGUCAUUAACGAACACUAUAAAGUAUCCCAUUCUGAACUUGUGGUUGCGUGCAGGAAAUUACUAUUUAGCUUCACUGAAUGCCAGCAAGUAAUAAGAAAGAUUGCUUCAUUCUGUAAAGAAAAGUCAAUCGCUGUGAACAUUGUCACCUUGCUGUACUCAGUUCGGUCUCACAUCGAUAAUUUAGUUGAAUUUUUACAGCAGGCUGAAACUCAAAAGGAUUUUAACGACCAAGCUAUGAUCAAACUUUGCAUUACCAUUACAACUAUUUUCAAACAAAUCAUAUCGUGCUUGAGAAAAAACUUCGAAGCAUUUUUUGCAGAAGAUGACCUCUGCUUUAUCAGGAUGUUCUAUAUGACACUACUAUGCUCGUACAGUGAGAUAUAUAACUCCUGGUGUUUUAUCAGUUCAGGUGGUCCACCCCUGAAGAAAACCUCUGCUAGGAAGCACACGUUAAAGAGGAACGAUUCAGCAAUAAAUAUGUACUCGGUCGGCAGCUAUUCUCCAGUGAUUAGUGGCGAAGUUGGUGCGGCAAACACAAGCGUCGAGGGCUUGAUAAACAAGCCUAGAAGACGUAGUCAUACCCUACAAACAAAGCUCCCCUCAUCGUUGUCCUCUAACGUAGUAGCGACAGGGUCUGCAAUAUCAUCUCCAAAUAGCAACAUUGAAACGACAAAGUCGUUGUCCAAUAUUAUGAGUCUGAACGCACAUGUAAAUGCCAACACUACAAAUGGAUCCAAUAAUGGACAGUCGAUGACUCCGAUAAGUCAAAAAAGCGAUGUUUCAACAAGCUCUGCAGCAAGCUCCAUCAAUACAGGCGGUACGAGUCAUACAGUCGUGGACGGAAACUCAAGUGGUGUGCGGGCAAAUGACCAUUCGACAACUUCAGUACAGAGCAAUGGUAGCUAUCCGGCAAGGUUAAGCAGCAUCUCAUUGUACCAGCGACAGGAUAACCAAGCAAGUGAGGCCGAUUACGAACACACUCAAGAGGGCAAGAGUGCUACUAAUGGUGCUACUACAAACAUGUCUGGCUCCUCUGACUCGACUAGAACCAAGGUUGGUACCACCUCAGCCAACUCUCCUGUUACGGCAGAGAAGGGCACCACGGACAAUUCCAUCAACGAAGGCAACGAAUCUAUCAAGAUUGUUGACGAGGCCCAACAAAACAUAGACAUUCAGCUAUACCAGAUGCUAACUAACGUUGUUAAGAUGGUUAGUGUAGUGUACAAUCAUCUUACGAGUGAGAUUUCAAAGAUUGCAGUAGCGAGUAGUAAUGGACAGCAAAUUCUAACCGAUUCUCUUUCCACUAAGAUCAGGGAGUUGACUGACACGUGCUGGCAAGCCAUGGAGUUGUCGAAGUCUUUAAACGAUAGGUUGGAUCUUUUGCUCUCCGGCGAGCCUGCGAUCACUGAGAGAUACUUGAGCAAAGCGGAGAAACUAAGGACAUGGGAGAAGAUAAAUGCAUUUCUUAAGUCUAUCAUUAUGAUUUUGGGAAACACCAAAAGUGUCAUGUCAGAUUUACCUAGUUUGAACGACAUACGACCUAAUUUGGCUUCUUUGGCCAAGAUAACGAAGGAUGUUACCGUUAUUCUGGACCUGAGCUCUUAUAAAAGUGUGUCUGUAAUCGCUGCACAGUUACAAAAGCACCAACAUGCGCCACAAGUACACCAGCAACAACAGCAACAACAGGCGCAUCAGCAGCAGCAGUCAGUUCCGCAACAGGUUCAACAUCAGUUCCAACAGCAGCAGUACCAAAUCAACAGUAACACACAUGUGCCUCUACUGACACCUCAGCAACCGCCUGCGACCAAUCCCUUUGAGAACAUGAAGUGA